GAGCACGACCACUUCCAUUGAUGAGCAGACAAGCAGCAGAGGCGAACGUCAAUUGGCCCAGGUCAUCUCUAAAGGCCUCGGAAUUGGGAUGAUGGAAGAGAAAGGCCUGAUGGUAAACAGAAAAAGCACACAGGAAUUUGCUGUAGAGGGGCUGAAGCAUUUAGAGGACACCAUUGAGGCAGCGUAUCAGAUAAUCUCUUCCAUGAACGAGGAGCUCUGCAAUCCAGCAUUAUGGUCUACAACUUCUGUUGCUCACUCUUCCAAUGGCAUCAAUGCUGAUGCUUCUGAUUCAUCACAUCACUUAGAAACAGGUGGUGGAGCUCUUGAAGAGGCUCGUCUCCGUUACAAGUCUUCCGUGGCUUCUCUUCGUGAAGUUCUUUCUGCCAUUCCUAGUAUUCGUAAGUCAAACACAUAUGAGGCGGGCUCCACCAGUGCUGGUUCAGAACCCCAAGCGGAUCAAGCUGAAAUUGAGAAACUAGAAGUGAGAGUCAUCAAACUAAGACAGGAGCUCACGGAUAAGAACAAUCAUCUCAAGGUUCUUAUAGAUCAGCUUCGAGAUCUUAUUACUGACAUAUCCACAUGGCAGAGUCCUUGUCCCAUUUAACACUUUGAGAAAACAUGUAUAACAUGGAAAGCAGCUUCAGCAUUUAGGUCGUCAUCUGUUUACAGUAUUUCUAAGGUGAUGUAAUUUCUCUUAUGAAACUACAGAUGUACUAGAAUUUCUGUGAGGUGAGUAUACUUUUAUAAUGUAUGCUGGAUUUUGUUUGGUUUGUCAAGUAUGUGAAUUUAUCUGU